AUGUAAAACCGUCUUUGCGUUUUAAAAUAAUUUGGCACACAAAAUAUAAUAUAAAAUUGUCCGCUCCGUUCUCAUCGUGUGAGCAGAGAGCCCGGUUCGCAAAGGGCACAUGCUGGGGAGGAUGUGAAAGGUCAACACACUGGCGGUCGCGGAAAGGGAGAGUGAAGAGUGGAGAGCGAAGAGUGAAGAGUGGCGGAGAAGAAAGCACCGCGAAGACGCGGCCAUGUGGCCUUCAAUGGGUCGCGGCCGUGGAGCUCCAGAGGGGCUGCUCCACUCGAUUCAGCUCAUUCAGUCGCCGCCGAAAGAGAUUAUCUCUGCACUUGCUCGACGGCGGCGCGACCGCUUAUGUAACCCACGGCUCCCGAGUGGGGAAGAGGGCUAUAAAACGGCGCGCAGCCACGAUUGCCGAAUCAUUCCCAGUCGGUCCAGAGACGAGCUAUCAUCCGAGAGUCCUUGGCAACGAAUCCAGAGAAUGGCUGCCCGUUUCAUAAUCAGUGCGCUCCUGCUGGCCAGUCCGGCUGUUUGGGGCAAGCCCACCUUCGGUCGCGAGCACGUCCACAUCCGCAUCCACCUGCCGGAGAGCGGUGGCGACCACGGCGACCACGGCGGCCACGGAGGUGGCGACUUCGGAGGCCACGGAGGCGGUGACUUCGGAGGCCACGGAGGCGGUGGCUACGAGAUUCACUCCCACGACGGCGGCUACAGCGGUGGAGGAGGAGGAGGCGGCGGCGGCGGCCAUGUGAACACCUACGCUGUCAUCACCGAGAGCCACGGAUACAGUGCUGGCGGAGGCGGAGGCCACGGGUCCAGCGGCUACGGCUCCGGGGGAUACAGCUCCGGCGGAUACAGUUCCGGUCACGACGAUGCCAAGAUUGCCGCCAUCGCAGCUGCCGCUGGUUCGUCCUCCGAUCACGGACACGGACACGGCCAUGGAGGCGGAGGUGGAGGCGGAGGACACGGCGACGCCCACGCCAUCGCCAACAUCGCUGCCAUCGCCGCCAGCUCGGACUCCUCCGCCCACGGAGGCAGCGGCGGAUACUCAGGCUACAGCGACGGCGGUCACGGAGGUCACGGCGGUGGAGGCCAUGAUACCCAGGUGAUUGUUGCUGCGGCCGCGGCUGGCGACUCGCACGGCUCCGGCGGGUACGGCGGUGGCUCCUCCGGCGGAUACGACAGCGGCUACUCCGGCGGCUACUCCGGUGGUUCCUCCUACAGCAGCGGCGCCUCCUACAGCGGGGGCUCCUCCUACAGCUCCGGCGGAUACAGCGGAGGACAUGGCGGCGGCUACAGCGGCGGUGGCUACAGCAGCGGCGGUGGAUCCAGCUACGACACCCAGGUGGUGGCUGCAGUGGCUGCUUCCGGUGGCGGCGGCGGCUCCUACGGCGGAUCUUCCGGCGGCGGGGGCGACGGUUACAGCUACUCGGCGCCAGCCUCCGGCGGCUGGGCGGGAUCCAGCUCCAGCUGGAAGUAGGCGGCAAUGCCCGCCUUGGCCAUCUGGUCGUCUAGUCUACUGCUCAUGCCCCCCAAUUCACACCGUCCACGGGACCUUUAACUUAUAUUCGACUCGUUCGCUCAUCCAUAUUCCGCGCAUCCUCACUCGAAGCUGAUGUACAAAUAAACCAUGUUAGUGUAAUAACUUAA